UUUUUCCUCGCUGUAGAUUUGAAAGUUGAAAGUUUGGAAGACCGGCAUUCUCUGCACUAUGUGUACACGGCCCUGUCAAAGCCAGUCUCUGCACCUGGAAUCUACGAAUUUACUGCUAUGGGCCUACUGGACAACAAGAAGAUUGAUUACUAUAACAGCAGAGACAAAGUCAAGAUUCCUGAACAGGACUGGAUGAAAGAAAAACUUCCAGCGGAAUACUGGAACCAAGGCACCCAGUCACGCAAAAGCAAAGAGCAGUGGUUCAAAGUCAAUUUAAACAUUCUGAUGGAACGCAUGAGACACAACAACUCAGAUAUUCAUGUCCUUAUGUGGAGACAUGGCUGUGAAGUUAUCACCAGGCCAGACGGGUCUCUCAAGUUUGAGAGGGGUGUGGACGAAUACAGCUAUGAUGGCGAGGAUUUCCUUUCCUUUGAUGUGGAUUCAUGGCAGUGGGUGGCCCCUGUCCCUGAAGCUCUACCCACGAAACGAAAGUGGGACGGGGUGCCAACCCUAAACCAGUACACCAAGGGCUACCUGGAGACAGAGUGUGUGCGUUUGCUGGGUGAUUUCAGAAGUUACAGGGACGAGAAGGAAAAUCAAACAGGUUAUCCACCAAAGAUUAAUCUGUUUGCUAAAGAUGGCCAAUCUUCAGAUACAUUGAAGUUGACCUGUAUGGCCACAGGCCUCUACUCAAAAAACACUGAGAUUAGCAUCCUGAAGUCUGGCUGGUCUGUAGCGAAAGGUUACCCUCAUGAUUUCUUGCCCAAUGAUGAUGGAACCUACCAGAUCAGACUGAGUGUGGACGCAAAGAAAUCAGAGAUAGAUGAUUAUGGAUGUGAGGUGAAUCACAGGGACCAGAAAACCACACUUGUAGCCCAAUGGCCCAAAGGUGUAACCACAUUGCCUGGUUAUGCCUUUCAAUUUACAACUGGAACCCCAUGGAAUGAAAUUCCUGAUGGAAUAUUAUCUACUAAAACUCCCUCCUCGACUGGACUGUGUGUGCCAUAUGUGAGGUUGGCGCUGGGACUGGUGGCGAUGCUGGUGGCAAUCUUGGGGGUCAUUUGGGUGAAGAAGCAGAUUCAUAAUGAGAUAGUGACAAAUUAAAAUCUAAUAUUAAUGAUUACUGUAUAGUUUGAUUUGUAUUUAAACAGUUCACUGAUUAAAUCCUUUGCUUGUGAUCUUCAUGACCAUAUCAAUGAAUAUUUGGUUUGGUGUGUGAUUAGAUACACUGAUCACACUGCACUCACAUAGCAUCUUCUGUGCACUCUUUGUACACUCUAUCUUCUGUGAGUCUUCUGUUAAGGGGGGUCUCAUACUCAAUCGCCCAGGUUCCGGUAUGUAUUGAGUGUUAUGUACACAAAUCUAAAACGUGAGCAAGAAGGAGAAGUAAAGUACUACAUCAUAAUUUGGCAUAAUAUAUCCAUUAGUGGAACGGUUAUUGGACUCUUCUUGCUCUUAAAAGCAAAUCUUACAAAUAGGUCAGAUUAUAAAAUAGCACCUGUUACAAACCAAAAAUCUUGUUGUGGUGUUUUGAAUCAAAGUUGGGGAGUUGGUUACAUGUAACGACAUUACAAAAUCAAUGUAUUUGUAAUGCGUUCCAGUUACUGAGAAAAAAAUUAUUUAGGUUACAAAGGUGUUACAUCUGAACACAUUCUUUUCGGUAAAACGCUUUAACGCUUAUAUGUAGAAUAUAACAUUCAUUCUACAAUAUAUAUUAUUCAAUAUAACAAGAUGCAAAGCAUCUUUUUCACCAUCUAGACAGGCUCCAUUCAUUUGGCAGUAUGAGCUCAAAUUUGAGUGUUGUUUUUGAUUGGUUCUCCUGUUUGAAUUGGCACCACCUCUCAUCUGCCAAUCAAAAAUCAAAUUAAAAUAGUUACAUUACAGGGUAUCUAGUAAUCUGCAGUUUGAAACUACUGUUUUUACAAGUUAAUGUAUUUACCUGCAGGUGAAAAUAUGGACUAGAAUGGACUUUAUAUUGACAGGCAAAAAAAAAUAUAUAUUUUAAGAUGUUUAGGAUGGGUAACAGACCUUCCCGGUUUCAAUUUAAAUUCCACUAUUUUCUUUGAGCCUUGGGUUCACAUAUAUAAAAAUAGUUUCUCUGAAGAAAGAGGUCACUUGGUUUUGAGCUUUUAGCUUUCUUUUUAUCACUUAGUUUUGAUCUUUUAGCUCUUUUUAUCUUUGUGUG